AUGGAUGAGUUAGAGGAGCACAAUGAAGAGCUAAGAAACGAUGUUAAUCAGUUGAAAGAACAAAUGACACAAAUCCUAGAGGCACUGAAGUCUUUAGAGCAAAGAACCACAGAGGGGACCCCUAUUCAAGCACCUCCAGCACAACCCACUCCUACCUAUCCACCAGGUUUUACCCCUACACAAGGACCGUCCCAAAAUUUUCCUCCUCAUGAAACAAUGGUGCCUUUGACCUUGCAUGUAGAAAGGCCUCCACAACAAGCUUUCAAUCAACAAGAUGUCCAAUUUCCCCCAUAUGGCCUUCCUCAAGGUUAUACACCACCGAUAGCUGAGAACCCACCAAACACUGGCCAACCAUCAAAUCAACCCAAUCCUGCACAACCUUCAGGUCCACAAAUUCAACCAACCCAAACAUCCAUCCCAUCAUAUGCUUACCCUCAAAAUACUCAUCCUCAAGAAACUCAUAUACCCCACACUAUACCUACCCUAAAUCAACCGAUCCAUCACCAACCACAAAUCACUAAUCCUAGCCUUGAUGGAAACCCAGCCAUAUCACCAUUCCAUUCCCAUAAGACCUUAGAAGAACCCCAACCCAAUUACUCAGAGGAGCACUUCCAAUCCAGAGAAAAAUUGCAAAUAUUAGAAGAAAGAUUGAGAGCUAUCGAGGGGAGUAGCUAUGGCAUUGGAGAAGUCGCGGAUCUUUGCUUGGUCCCAGAUGUGAUAGUUCCUCCAAAAUUCAAAGUGCCUGAUUUUGAUAAGUACAAAGGAACGACAUGCCCAAAGAGUCAUCUGAUCAUGUACUGUAGGAAGAUGGCAUCACAUGCCCAUGAUGAUAAGCUACUAAUUCACUUUUUUCAAGACAGUUUGAUUGGAGGAGCUUUGAGUUGGUAUAUGCAUCUUGAGCGUACUCGUAUUCGUGGUUGGAAAGACUUGGCUGAUGCUUUCCUAAAGCAAUAUAAGUACAACAUUGAUAUGGCUCCUGAUAGAUUACAACUGCAGAAUAUGUUAAAGAAGGAGGAUGAGACUUUUAAAGAAUACGCUCAGAGAUGGAGAGAAGUUGCAGCUCAAGUGGAGCCCCCUUUGUCUGAAAAAGAAAUGGUAGCUAUGUUUAUUGAUACUCUCCAAUCACCUUUCUAUGAUAGGAUGAUUGGAAGUAUUUCGUCAAACUUCUCUGAUAUUGUGAUUAUUGGAGAAAGAGUGGAAGGAGGAAUGAGGAAUGGUAAGAUAUUUCACAAUUCGGGCGGACCCUCCAAUUUGAAGAAAUUUACAAAUGGUCCAGGAAGAAAGAAGGAGGGAGAGACUAAUGCUAUAGCCUUUCACCCAAGAGAAGUUCCUUUCAUCAGACCUAACCCUGCACCUUUUCAAUUCCAACCCACAUUUCCUGCCCCUCAAAUGUCUUACCCAUAUGUCAAUGCUGUUUCACAGAAUCCAAGUCCCCAAUCUUAUCAGCCGCAACCCUACCAAUCUGCUCCUCCUACUUUUCCCAUAGCACCACCCAUGAGACCACCUCAGCAUUGGAACCAAAACCCAAAUCCCAACCAAAUAAGACCCCAAAACAAUCAAGAAAGGAAGCAAGUUCAAUUCGACCCAAUCCCCAUGUCCUACACUGAGUUACUACCUCGCCUAUUCCAAAGUUCAUUAGUUGUACCCUGUCUAAUGAAACCUGUAGAACCGUCCUAUCCAAGAGGGUAUGACCCAAAUGGUAAGUGCGAGUAUCAUGCUGGUGGCAUUGGUCAUUCGACAGAGAAUUGUAGGGCAUUAAAGUUCAAAGUGCAAGACUUAAUUAAUGCCAAAUGGCUGAAUUUCAAGGAGGAUAAUCCUAACAUUAAGAGUAAUCCCCUACCUAGGCACGGAGGAUCAUCGGUAAAUGCCGUUAAGGAAGAGUCUGUACAUGUUUUAAAGAGGAAAGUUGAAGAGGUUAUCACUCCUCUUAAGAUUAUUUUUGCUGAGCUGUGCAAGGCUGACUUGAUCAAGGGUUUUGUACAUGAAGGAAAUAUGUGUGAUUUGCACCUUGAUGCAGACCACUCCAUUGAAGAUUGUGAAGAAUUCAAGCAUGUUCUACAAACCCUGAUGGACAAGCAUUUGGUCCAAAUUGGAUUCAUUCUGCUGGGGUUGUACCAUCCACAUUGCAUCAGAAACUGA